AUGGCCGUCGCUGUGCAUCCGCCGUUGUCGCGUGGCUCACAGCGAGCUGUAAGCACGGCAGCCUCAGAACCUGCAUCGGUUUCGUCAGCCACGACAUCAGUGGCCUCUCGCGCAUCGACGAGUAACACCGCGUCCGCUCCAGCCACACUGGUUUCUGACCGGCCUCUGAACCAAUCAUCACCGCCACCACCUCUGCCGUUUGGGACGGCUGCGCCCACGGGUCCAACUCGUGCUUCCACCGUUUCCACCGUGCCGCAAAAUGGAGUGAACCCGCGACAGACCACCGCAAACACCGCGGACAGGAGGUCCACUCGCGUCCAUACACCGGCGCACAUGCGCCCGCAGCAGUUUCACGCACCGCCUCAUACUCAUAGAGGCGACGGAAAUGGCAACACCAACGGCAAUGGUGGCAGCAGCAGUGGAGGUCCUCUCGCAUCCACCGCAGUACCCCACGCUUUCGCAGCCACCUAUGCCUCAUCGCCUUUUUUUCAGCGCGUGACCGACACCGCACCAAUGCCGCAGUCUUCGCCGGACGCGCCGCGCGCGGCAGCUUCGACGGCAAGUGCCAAUGCGAAGGAUGAGGAGAACUCAAUGCUGCAGCUGCAGGACGUGACACCCAUCACAAACGCCGGUGAUUCCAAACAAGAGUCUCAGCUGCUCAGCCAGCUGCGAGCAACGGCGGAAAGCGGGUGUGACAGUGGGCAUUACUCACACCGUCAAGAGACUGCCGACCACGAUGGCAGCGCUGGCGUCACUCCGGCAGUUUCUUCCGCAACGGCCAACACCGCACCCCUGCAGUCGUCGCCUUUCACAGGCGCUCACAACGCCUUUGUUGCGGGCGGCAUACCACCGUGGAGCACGUUGCCGUACGCCCAGCCUCAGCCGUGUCCAAUGGUUCGAGUGCUUGCCCACCAGCAGUCAGUGUUCUUUCCGUGCGAGUGCAACACUAGCCAAUGCAUGGCUGCGAAACCCUUUUCCCAGUCGACCUCGCCUUCUGACACAGCGCGGCUGUGUGGGACGCCGGGAGGGUUGUCCACAUCGCAGAGCGUAACCAUGUGCAGUACUGGGCAGCGAAGGAGCCGCGGUGCUGUGUCGGUGGCUGCGGCCAACGGUACUGCGAUGAGCUCCGCUUGUCCUUUGACGUCGCCGGAGAGUGUUAGCGGGCACUUGAGUGGCAUCUACGCGUCACCGCCGCCGUCGUCCUCGCAGGCGUACGCCAGUGGCCGUGACCAGUGUUGUUCGCCUCUCCCAACCCCCGGCAGCACUAGACGGAGGUGCCAGAAAACGGGUACCGCUGUCAUCUCUUCGCCUGCGUACGCACACGUGCCACACCAGCACCAUCUUUUCCUCCAGCACUACGGCGUUGAUGGGGUCAGCGGCUAUGGCUCCCGUGGCGGCCCGUUGAUGCCCUCUUCUCCAAACCUGACGGUGACACCACUGUCCAUGUGGGCGUCGGUGCCGGAAGCUGCCUGUGCAGCGACAACGGCGAUGGCUGCAGCAGAUCAAGGACGAACAAGCGCAUCAGCAGGCACCUCCACUGCUCAAGGCGCUUCGGGAGGGGCGUCGGAUUUCUCGGCUAUUGCGCGCGGCCUGUCUGGCGUGGCUCUGCAGAAGCAGUUGCUCUACGCCAGCAAAGGUGAGCUGACGCGAAUCCUACUGGAGCUGGCCAGCUGCAACCCGGAGGCAUCGCGCUUUAUCCACUCCAAGGCGUUCUUCUUCGCCUUCCGCCACGAACACGGAGGUGAGGCUGUGGAGGCUUGCGAAGAAUGCCCAGCAGCGACCCCGGUGACAACAGCAGCCGCAGCCGCUGCGAACAAGAACGGGCAGCACUAUGCUCUUCACGGCGGAUUGGGCAGUGGCUUUACCUCGAGGACUGUGGACACCCCCGAACGUGACCGCUCUUUCGAGCAGUCGGGGGUGCUCAAGCGACCCGUCGCAGGUGCGGGGACCCUCAGCGGCGCUGCAGCGGCGUACGACCACGUCAUCGCUCGCUGCAUCUUUCCCGUGGAGGCGGCGGACGACGAGGAUGGCGAUGGCGACGGAGCCGGCGACGACUCCGUAGCUAAGAUCGAGCAUUCUGACCCGACGGUGACGAAGGGUGCUGCCAACGCAACAAUGCCGCGGCGCUGCCUCUACCCGGAGGAUCGCGCCUUCAGCGCUGAGCUGCACCCGUGCCUCCGCUGGUACGGCGCGUGCCGCAACGCGACGAGUUGCGUUUACGCGAAUGUGCCGCGCAACGUGUGUUUAAGCUGGAUUCGCGGCUCCUGCAUGGCCGACACCGGGUGCAGCGGCGUUCACCGGCUCCCUUCCCCAUGCCCACCUGAGAUUCGCAGAAUUUACGAGCUGAACCACGGCCUCGCACGUCGCGACACACCCGUGAACGCGUGCGCCGCCCGGGUAUCUCUUGGCCAUUCUCUCCCCAUUCCUCCUCCGUUCCCGGGCUGCACCGCGCAGGCACGAGCGCCGCUUGCGAACGGAAGCGUUGCUGCAGCGCUCCCCACCAAUCCGAACGCGAACGCCCCCGCCGCUGAGCUUGCGGAGGCUUGCGCUGGUGCCAACGAAGCACUUGGCAUGUGCGCCGUUAUGAUGGAGGGGCUAGGAGGGGAGAAGGUAGUUGUGCACACGCCAACGGACCAGUCUAUCCACAAGGACACCUUCCUCGGCGGUGGCAGCACGCCGCGCCGCCACCCGCAUGGGCGUGACGUGGAGCUCUGUAUCUCUGCCAUGACGAUGAUGGAGAGGUGCGGCGGCGCCCACACGAUGACGGCUGGAGACGCCAGCUUGUGGGACUUGUCUAAUGCGGCCAUCACCAGGAAUGUCUGCGGGCCGGUUGACCACGAGAUGCUGCAGUACACCGGCGGCAUUCUUGGUGCCGACGCCAGUGCUGGUGCAGCGGCCGCGGCGGCCCCGCCGUGCCUCUUUGGAGCCGGCGUGCGACCGGGAGGCCAGAGGAGUGGCGUGGUGUCUUCAGCUGGUAAUAGUCGCUGUAGCACCGCCGAGGGCUGCGACAGCCGCACGAACUCCGUCAGCCGAUACCUCGGGCCCCAGUUUGAUCGCGCGGCGACGGCGGUGCUUCACCGCGACGAUGGGCGGGCCGACAGUGCGGCUAUGAGCUGGGCAACGCAGGAGCAGCAGCCGGAUCCUAAGAAGAGUAUCAAGUCCAUCUGCGGUUGUGUCUGCGAGGCUAACGAGCCUCUCCAAGUGGUACCCGUUCGUCCCGCCGGUGGCGUGGCGGGGGCAUUGAUCGACGUGGAUGACGAGUGCGACUUUUCCGCUCCUGCUGCAGGCACGCGCACGCGGAUGCAAUCACCACUGUACCAGUGA